AUGUACCCAUUGGAUGUCGUCAAGACCAGAAUGCAACUCCAAGUUGGAACUACCGGAGAGGAGGCAUACACUAGCAUGUUAGAUUGUUUCAAGAAGAUCAUUAAGAAUGAAGGUGUCGGCCGAUUGUACCGUGGUAUUUCUGCUCCUAUUCUCAUGGAGGCUCCUAAGAGAGCUACUAAAUUCGCUGCCAAUGAUGAAUGGGGAAAAUUCUACAAGAACUUGUUUGGAAUUCCCACCAUGACCCAACCUCUUUCUAUUCUUACUGGUGCUACUGCUGGUGCCACCGAGUCGUUCGUUGUUGUCCCAUUUGAAUUGGUUAAAAUUAGAUUGCAAGACAAAUCGUCCAAGUACAAGGGUAUGGGAGAUGUAGUUAGUCACAUUGUUAAGAAGGAAGGUCCAUUGGCUUUGUAUAAUGGUUUGGAAGCCACUUUGUUCCGUCACAUUUCGUGGAAUGCUGGUUAUUUUGGUGUUAUUUUCAAAGUUCGUGAGAUGCUACCCAAGGCUGAGACUAAGUCUGGUAAGAUCACUAAUGACUUGAUUUCUGGUUCUAUUGGAGGUACUGUUGGUACCAUGCUGAACACUCCUUUCGAUGUUGUCAAGAGUAGAAUUCAGAACACCACCCGUGUCCCAGGUGUUAUUCCCAAGUAUAACUGGACCUUGCCAAGUGUUGUCACUGUCUUCCGUGAAGAAGGGUUUGGUGCUCUCUACAAAGGUUUCUUGCCCAAGGUCUUGAGAUUGGGCCCUGGUGGUGGUAUUCUGUUGGUUGUUUUCACCGGAGUUAUGGAUUUCUUCCGAACUAUCGCUUAG